UUUUAAUGCGUUUUCUGCCCCCCCCCCCUCUUUUAUUUUUCUGUCUGGAGGCGUCGCAGGCCACGGGCUAUUUCGAGCUGCAGCUGAGCUCGGUGCGCAACGUGAACGGCGAGCUGCUCAACGGCGAGUGCUGCGACGGCGCCAGGAGCCCCCAGAGCCGGGCGUGCGGCCGGGACGAGUGCGACACGUACGUGAAAGUCUGCCUCAAGGAAUAUCAGGCCAAGAUCACGCUCGUCGGGCCGUGCAACUACGGCUCCGGAUCUACCGCCGUGCUGGGUGGGAAUACUUUUUAUUUGAACGGCAACCGAUACUCCCAUCAGGGCCGGAGCUCCGACGGGGGCAGGAUUGUGAUACCUUUCCAGUUCGCCUGGCCGAGAUCAUUCACAUUAAUAAUAGAAGCAUGGGAUUGGGAUAACGAUACAAAAAGUGGUGAAGAUCUGCUAAUAGAGAGAGUGGCGCAUGCUGGUAUGAUCAAUCCAGAAGAUCGAUGGACGACAGUACAUUUUAAUGGUCCCGUCGCCCAUUUUGAAGUACAGAUAAGAGUGAAAUGCGAUGAAAAUUAUUACAGUGCACUAUGCAAUAAAUUUUGUGGACCUCGUGAUGACUUUGUUGGUCACUACACAUGUGACCAAAAUGGAAACAAAGCCUGCAUGGAAGGUUGGAUGGGAGAAGAGUGUAAGCAAGCUGUAUGUAAACAAGGAUGUAAUUUGCUCCAUGGGGGUUGCAGUGCCCCUGGGGAAUGCAAGUGUCAUUAUGGUUGGCAAGGACAGUUCUGUGAUGAGUGUGUCCGUUACCCAGGCUGUGCUCAUGGGAGCUGUAACGAACCAUGGCAAUGUAAUUGUGAAACCAACUGGGGUGGUCUGCUGUGUAACAAAGAUUUAAACUACUGUGGAAACCAUCACCCCUGCUUGAAUGGUGGAACCUGUAUGAAUACAGAACCAGAUGAAUAUCGCUGUGCUUGCCCAGACGGUUACUCUGGAAAGAAUUGUGAAAUUGCGGAGCAUGCUUGUGUAUCUAAUCCCUGUGCUAAUGGUGGGAUCUGCCAUGAAAUCUCAUCUGGCUUCAAAUGCCACUGUCCACCAGGGUGGAGCGGACCAACAUGUGCUGUUGAUAUUGAUGAAUGCGCAUCUAACCCUUGUGCUCGUGGGGGGACCUGUAUUGAUCGUGUUAAUGGGUUUGAGUGCAUCUGUCCACAGCAGUGGAUCGGAGCAACCUGUCAGCUUGAUGCUAAUGAGUGUGAGGGGAAACCUUGUCUUAAUGCUUACUCUUGCAAAAAUCUCAUUGGUGGAUAUUACUGUGACUGCAUUCCAGGAUGGAAAGGAGUAAAUUGUCAUAUCAAUAUUAAUGACUGUCAUGGACAAUGUCAACAUGGAGGUACUUGUAAGGAUGAGGUGAAUGGCUACCACUGCUUAUGCCCUCGUGGUUUCAUAGGAAAAAACUGUGAGAUAGAGAUAAAUGAAUGUGCAAGCAAUCCAUGUCAAAACGGAGCACGUUGUGAAGACCUGGUUAAUGGAUUCCAUUGUCUUUGUCCGCAGGGCUUCUCAGGAGUUUUCUGUGAGAUGGAUAUUGAUUUCUGUGAACCUAACCCUUGCCAGAAUGGGGCUAAAUGCUAUGAUCUAGGAGGAGAUUAUUACUGUGCCUGUCCCGAUGACUAUGAUGGAAAGAACUGUUCUCACCUUAAGGACCAUUGCAAGAACAAUUCUUGUAAAGUAAUUGACAGCUGUACAAUAGAAGUCUUCACAAAUGCUACUCGGGAAGGCAUCCGUUUCAUUUCCUCUAAUGUUUGUGGGCCUCAUGGACAGUGCAUUAGUCAACCAGGAGGAAAUUUUACUUGUGCCUGUGAGAGGGGUUUUACUGGAACCUACUGUCAUGAAAAUAUCAAUGAUUGUCUUGGAAACCCUUGCAAAAAUGGUGGAACAUGCAUUGAUGAAGUUGAUUCAUUUAGGUGUUUCUGUGCAAGCGGCUGGGAAGGAGAGUUGUGUGACACAAAUUUUAAUGACUGUUUCCCAAAUACAUGUCACCAUGGAGGCCAAUGUAUUGAUCUGGUGAACGACUUUUAUUGUGAAUGUAAGAAUGGCUGGAAAGGCAAAACUUGCCAUUCGCGUGAAUAUCAGUGUGAUGCAAAUACUUGUAGCAAUGGGGGAACAUGUUAUGAUGAUGGAGACACUUUUCGAUGUUCAUGUCCCCCAGAAUGGAAAGGAAGUACUUGCAACAUCGCUAAAAACAGCAGCUGUAUUCCUAACCCUUGCAUGAAUGGUGGAACUUGUGUUGGCAGUGGUGAUUCCUUUUCUUGCAUCUGCAAAGAAGGAUGGGAAGGACGUACAUGCACACAGAAUACCAACGAUUGCAACCCCCAUCCAUGUUACAAUGGAGGCAUCUGUGUAGAUGGUGUGAAUUGGUUUCGAUGUGAAUGUGCACCCGGGUUUGCUGGUCCUGACUGCAGAAUUAAUAUUGAUGAGUGUCAGUCCUCUCCUUGUGCAUAUGGUUCUACUUGCAUAGAUGAAAUAAAUGGAUACAGGUGCACUUGUCCUCCUGGAAGAGUCGGUUCUAGAUGCCAAGAAGUGAUUGGUUUUGGAAAAUCUUGCUGGCUUAAAGGAACAUCAUUUCCUCAUGGCAGCAGAUGGGACCAAGAAUGUAACAACUGCCACUGUUUAGAUGGCCAUAUUGACUGCACCAAGGUCUGGUGUGGAAGGAAACCUUGCUUAUUACAAAAACACUGGGAUCAUGCAAAUAAUCAGUGUCCCAUUGGUCAAGAAUGCCAAGAGAAAAUGUACAUAAAAUGUUUUCAACCACCGUGCACUGGCUGGGGAGAAUGCAGUGCAUCGGAGCCUCUUCCUGUCAAUAUAAAGUGUCUGCCAAAUUCUGGAUACUUGGAUAAUGACUGUGCUAGAAUUACUUUAACUUUUAACAAAGACAAAGUACCUCAGGGUACUACAAUUGAAAAUAUCUGCUCUGAAAUUCGCUAUUUACCAGCUACGAGGACUGUUUCUAAAGAGAGGACUCUGAUAAUAUUAUGUGACCUGUCAUACUCCACGGAGAAUGCAGUGGAAGUUGCCGUUUCUUUUACCCCACACCAAGAUGAACAAGAUAACAGCCUAAUACAAAACGCUUCUAAUAUUAUAGUAAAUGCAAUCACCAAACGACAAAACAGCACUGUUACACUGGCAGUUACUGAAGUCAAAGUGGAGACCAUAGUUGUUGGGAAUUCAUCCUCAGGUUAUUUGGUUCCAAUUAUUUGUGCUGUCUGUAGUAUUGUAUGGCUGACUUGCAUAAUCAUCUGUGUGUGGUGGACUCGAAAGAGAAGAAAAGAGAGAGAAAGAAGCCGCCCACCUAGAGAGGAGGGUACCAAUAACCAGUGGGCACCUUUAAAUCCAAUAAGAAACCCGAUAGACAAAUCUUACAGUAACAAAGACAUUCGUUACGAAUGCAAGAAUUUCAUUUCUCCUCAAAAAAGAACUUGUGAUACAGUGGAGGAGUAUGUGGAGUAUGAGGAAGAGGAUGAGGAGGAUGAGGAAAGAGAGGUCAUGGAAAUGGACAAAUUCCUCUCUCACAAACACCCAAAGCCUUUGCCAACAAAGGCAUCCGACACGUCUGAGAGCAGUCCAGUAAAGAAAGCCUAUCAGAUAGUCAAAAUGGACAACAGAUCUGUAAAAAAUGUGAAUGCAUCAAACUUUGAAGGCGGUAGAGACUAACCUGUACUCAGAACACAGGCACGCUGUGCCUGCACUUAACAGGGAGGGGAAAAUUGACAUCUCCAUUUUGCAUCAAGGACAAAUAUCUGGAGGCAAAUGUUCAUAGUUUCUUUAUUUUGAGUAAAAAAAUAAAUAAAUAAAUAAAAAUAAUAAUAAAAUAAAAUAAAAAAAGUUUAUUUUGUUUCUUUAGCCUUGUAUAAAUUAUUCAAUGACUGUCAGAUGGAAAAAAAAUGAGUAAUCUUUGAUAGUUGCUAUUUUUGUAAAGUUUACUUAUAAUACACUCGCUGUAUGGCAGAGGAGAGAGGCUGUAUUUUCAAUAUGUGUAAAGUUUAUUACAAAAGACUAUACACUGUUUACAGAAUGUAUUUCUUUUUAUUACUUGCUCUAAUUUAACGGUGGCUUUAAAACCUCCUGGUUGAGGAAAUUGUGUAAACUUAAACUGUUUUCUUGACUUUGAAUCUCUAUUAAUGGCAGCUCACAGCACUUGUUACGUUAGUAGCUUCUGUAAGUUUUUUUUUUUUUGUUUUGUUUUGUUUUUUGUUUUCCUUUUUUUAUUUCCCAAAUUUGCCUUACACACUUCGUAACAGGAACAGAAAUUUAUAGAGAUCUUUCAACUGUGGUUUAAAAGUGGCCUUUUUAUUUUUGUUUUUAAUUACUUUAGAAUUGCAGUAUUGAAGCAUGUGACAAGUGCCUUGAGAUUUAAACUUUUUCUAUAGCAACUGUCAAAGACUGCCAUACCAAUAUAGUUAAAUUGUGAGAACUGUAGGUUCCCGUAACUGACAUGGUUUAUUUUCUAAUUGUGAAAAUGCUUUUUUUUUUGUAAAUAUGUACAUAUUAAAUGAAUCACUCUGUAUAUUUGAUUUAAUAACUUAAAAUAUUUCUGUCUUUUUUUUUUUUUUACAUGUCAUUCCUUUUUAAUUUAUGUUGCAGAAAAGGGAGGUUUUAUGGCAGUUUAUGAGACCCUUUUUUGGUAUUAUGUCCAAAUUAGAAAAUGAUGUUAAUACAAUGUUAGGAAUCUGUUGGUCAUUUGUAUUUACAUUGUAACACAAUCAUUUACAUGUAAAUAGAUCCAGAAGUGUUUGUUUAUUCCCAGGUUCUGCCCAUCUCAAGAACACUAGAGGAUGCAUCUACUGUACAGUACCAACUUAGCAAGGCAUUGUUUUUCUUUUGUGAAUAUGUUAAUUACAUGUGGUAUUACAUAUUUUUUGCGUUUAAAUACAGGCCUAAUGAAGGGAACAAUAUUUCCUCAUUCUUGUUUCUGUUGUGCUUAUUCAUCUAUCGCUCUAAGAAAAAGGUUGGCAAACUUGGAAGAUGGAGUACCUCGAUAGAAAUGGUUAUUCAUACGGGAUGGCUUGCGCAUUUUGUUUUUUGACUUUGAGGCUUUAUUAUUGCUAUUAACUGGGCAAACUAUAAGUUUAUUUUAAUUACUGGAAAACCAUAACACUACAUACACCUAGUUAUCCUACCAGUAAGAAGAGCGGAUGUUUAUCUGAAAGUAUAAACUCUGGCCAAUGAACAAUAUAAACAUGAAUGUUUUGAAACCAGUUAUUUUAUACAUGAAUGCAGGAAUUGCUUUGCAGGAUCUUCUGUUUAGUACAUUUUGUUUGACAUGUUCUUAAAUAACUUUCAGAAGAAAAUUAUUUAUUAAAGCAUUUUAUAACAAUGUUUGUUGUAACUUUUUUUACUUGUGGUAAAUAUUCAAAACUUAUUUUGAUAACCUGAUUAGGAGUUAGCUCUAGAAAGGGUACUACUAUCCAUCACCUGUUCCCCCCCCCGUAUAAUCCUAAGUAUUUAAACCAAAAAUACUUUUUUCUGCUACCCUUGUAACUUUUUGUACUAUACUGCUGCUGUCUUCCAUAAUCUAAUAAAAUGAUUCCCUCAUUGUGU